CAUUGAUGACCGCAGAUGCCAAUCUUUCGGCAUCUCCCGAGACUACUCACAUAGGAACGAACACUCAGACAAACCUGAAAACUAUAUAAUGGGCCCUCCCCGCAAUGCCUCAAGCCUCAAGGCCUCACUCUUGAUACAUCAUCGUUAUCUCCCUGAUGUCUUCUACAACACAUCCCCCUUGGCACUCCCAAUGGGUUACCCGUAAUCCCACUAUCUUGCCUCAUGCUUUUCACAAUGCUCGCUACGCAGGGUGGCCCCAUCCCCCAGUGCAGCUUCCCCAUCCCCCAGGCCAGUUUCCCCAUCCACCUGAGCAGUUUCCCCAUCCCACAGUGCAGCUUCCCCAUGUCACUUCACCUCUAUCAACGGCACGGCAUAUUACUGUAGCAAACGAUAUACCCUCGCAUCGUCCGCAGAUAAAUGCUGCCCAUACCCAAUCUUCAAGUUAUCCCGCUCAUCUCCAAUAUGAACGUCACUCGCACAUGAAUUUGGGGGUACAAGCAUCUGCAAAUAAAAUAAGUCCUGUCGACUGCAACAUCCCCAAUUCGCGGCUAAUAUAUGACCAUUCUGUUCCACGAACAGUGUCAUCGAACGUUAACGAAACCCAAAAUGCCUAUCCCCACCCAUUUCUCUCGAUGUCAUUCGUUCCAAUAAGAUACGACCUACGCUUCCCGCAUACAUCCCUCGCCUUUCCGUUGUCAUCUUUAUAUGCAGGCUGCGGGUACGAGCUACUCUUCGUCCCACUCACCCCAGAACGGCCUAGACAGAUACGGCUCAUCAGCCCAGACUUUCCCUGGACAUUUGACAUCUGUCCUGACCCCGGUGCUGGAGAAGAGGGCGUGACGUGUCUUGAUGUUCUCGCUACCCUGCAUGCUGCAUUGCAGCACCCACUCACGGACACUGAGUGGGGCACCGCUGGACAUGAUAGGCGCGCGAGUCUUAUCAGAGCACGUGAUCGUCGCCCAAUGAUACAACCUGCAUUGCAGGGGGGCUCGAAUUCUGCGGCACGCACCAGGCCAACAGUGAGAUUUGCACCCAGCGCAUUAGUACCAAAUCAUAUCUCCAUGCAGCGGGAGAGGUUACUGCUCCGUGUCAAUUGGCUUGGAUCUCGUGUUGCGUUCGCGGGGCUUAUGAAAGAUGAAGCAUUUGCAAGGAGCAGACUCUUUCCGGGUGGUCACGGUGGGGAGCCACCUGAGACUUGGGUGGUGAAAUUUCAUAGGUUAUGAUUUUGAAUAUCCGAAGAAAGUGUACGAAUAUAUUUACUGGUCAAUUGCAUUGAUAAUUUGCGAAGUUGAGUGAAAGUAAAACUUAUAGA